AUGGUGGGCACCUCGUUUCGGAAGAUUCGAGGAUCUUCUGUUCGUCGGAAAUUGUCUGGUUCAAAAAGUAGUAAAAAUAAAACCGUUAACAGCGGAAAAACUGUACGUUUCAUUCAAAUCGUUCUCGAAUGCGAUCAGAAACCGACUGUUUCAGAAAAGAAAAACUAAAACUCGAACGAAUAAAAAAGCACGCGAAUCGAAAACGUCGUCACGAGAAUCCGCGAGACAGAAGGCGGCGAUGAAGUCGAUAACGGCUCAGAUCAGAGAGCGAAAAGAGGCAAAAACGGGGGACGAAAAGAGAGAAAAGAAGGAGAAGAAGUCGUCGGACAGGAAAGAAAAAGAGGGAAGAACGGGAGAAGAUCGGAAGGAAAAAAAGGAGAAGCAGUCGGAUAGGAAAGAAAGGGACUGGAACAGAGAGGAAAAGGAGCAGGAAUCGGAGAAGAAUUCGGACGGAUCACAGGAACAAGUGAGGAAGAAGAAGAGAGAGAAACAACAGAAUGAAGCGGCGAAAAAGGUGGAAGUGAGGAAUCGAGAAGUGGACAAAGAGCUCCUGAAGCAGUUGCUGGAGAAAAAGGUCAGGCUGGGCGGAGCAACGCCGUCGAAAGAAGUGUCGAAUCCGAUUCUUCUGGACAGAGUGUCCAAGAAGUCACAUCCGGUGAGGUACGAUUCGCCGGGAAAAGAGCAGACGGCUUGCUUCGACGAGGCCUCUUCGUUCUACCGAGAGAAGAAGUCGAAGGCGCCGACUUCGGCUGCAAAGGUGACGAAAGAGGACAACUACGAUUACGUUCCGAAGCUGGAAGAUGUACUGAAACUGCCGGAGGAGAGUGUGCUGACGGCCGACGGAGUGCCUGUUUGGGCGGAGAGAAUGGAGCCGACAGAAGAGGAAACGGUCGGUUGAAAAGUAGGAACACUGCUCAUGAAAUUACUUUUACAGAAAGACAUGGAUCCUGCGAUCACAGUCGGAAAGGACCACAUCGAGAUGUUCAGGGACAAGAAACUGACGCUCAAGGCGAUCAAAGAGACGGCGAUCCUGGAUGUGUUCCAGCCAGUGAAGGAGUUGGCGAAGAGGGACGAAGUGCACUUUCAUCCGCAUCUCGUCUUUUCCAACACGAUCCGAUCGCUGGUCAAUUCACAGGCUGCUGACCCGAUCCCGGAGAAACAGAACGAACGGCAGGAUCUCAACUCUUCCGAAUCGAAUUCCAGAAAAAACAGACACCCGAGAUUUGUGAAUGAGAAGCAGUUGGUGGCUGUGUACUCGGUGAGCAUUCCGUGGCUGCGGUCUGAAAGAACUGAUGGUUUCAGAGAAUUCGUCCGAUCCAAUCGGCGCGAGACACCCGGGACGAGAUGGCGGCGAAGGACGUGACCAACUCGACGAACGCUACCACGGCGACUUUCGAACAUCCUUGA